AUGGCUCUUGACCUCUUCAUUCCAUCCUGUGUGAGAUCUCCUGCUGGGCAUCUCCAUCUACCGGAUAUUGAGCGGCCGCUCAGAAUCAGGAUCGAAGGUCCACGAGAAUCGAUAGAAAAGCUAUUCCCGUCUGUUUCAUGGGAUACUCGCGUAUUUGAUGGGAAGUUUCCUCAGGAAGCUGGUCCACUACUCGCAACGCUGACGUUUCGGCACAUUUAUGGGGAGAGCGUCCGUUCUGAUGUCCCUGGCGAUUUGGUCCUAACGACAGGUGUCUUUUUAAAUAGCGACUUAGACUACUAUGGUGUUACGUUCGAUCAUCUUGUUCCCGUGGAUGACGCCGAUCCAGAGGUAUUACAACUCAACAUCAUCGAGGUGGAGUCUGAUCAGGGCAAGACUGCCAACGAAUACGUGAGAUUUCCGGUCGAUGCACUGGAAUACACAGGAAAGAAGGUAUUGGCCGUUCCCAGAUGUUGUCAGAAACGAAAGGGCACUACAGAUCGCGCAAGGGUCAAUAAUGAGGUUUUGUACAGGGAUGGGCAUCCCAACCCGUGGAUGCAAAGCAAGUAA